GGAUGCAAUUCAAUUCACUUAUGAGUUGGAAAGUCAGGAAGGGGAACUUCCAAUGUUAGAUUGUAGUGUAAAAAGGAAAGAAGAUGUGAAGUUAAACACUAGUGUUUAUAGGAAACCCACACAUUAAAACAGAUAUUUGGACUUCCGAUCAUCCCAUCCUAUGUUAGUGAAAAUAAGAUUGGUGAAAUGUUUAAAUAAUAGAGCACAAAAGCUAAGGAGUACCAAGGAAAAUCUAAGACAAGAAGUGAGGCAUAUUGGAGAAGCUUUGAAACUUAAUAAUUACCCUGAUAAAUUAGUCAGAAAGUAUGUAGGGAAAUGUAAAAAUAAAAUAAAUAAUGAGAGUAGUGAUAAUAAUAAUGACGACAUGCAUGUCAAACAUGCACAAGACAACACUCACAAUAAAGAAUCUAAAUCAUCAGUAGUAAUUCCAUACAAGGAAGGAACCUCGGAAACCUUACGCAGAAUUCCUAACAAUGCUGGCAGGAAUAAAAGUGACAUUCAAACUCACAAACUCAAUUAGAAACAAGC